GAUGUUAGGUUAUGUAUACACACACAUAUAUAUAUAUAUUUUGCAAAUUGUGUCUAUUUUUUUCCUUUUUCUUUUCUUUUUUUUUCUCUCUUUUUUAGGUUUACCAGUAACAGGCCAAUCUCCAAUUAAUCUAGACGACAGAUUGGUACGAGAACGAAAAUAUCCCCCACUUGUUUUGAACGGCCACUGGUUGAACGAAGGUGAAGCGAAGAUGAUAAACAACGGUCAAACUGCGAAAAUAACUUUAAGCGGGAACAGGAUUCCAUCCACGAUUUGCGGUGGGCCGCUUGUAGACGACGUGUACGAGUUCGAAAGCGCGCAUUUCCAUUGGGGCGAGGACAAUUGCAACGGUGCCGAGCAUACGAUAAACAAUACCUGGUAUUCGAUGGAAGGCCACGUGAUACAUUGGAACAGAAAGUAUCAUACAAUGGAAGAAUGUUUCAGGCACAAAGACGGUAUCUGCAUUUUGGCGUAUCUAUUUUUGGUGCAACCAGGUUGUUGUAAUUGCAUUAAUCCGCAAUUGGAAAGGAUAACGGAGAACUUGAAGGAUAUCCUGGACACGGAAAUGGAGACGAAGAUACCACCUAACAGUUUAUCUUGGAUGCGUUGGGCUACGUAUUGCAGCAGAUAUUACACAUACUCAGGAUCGUUCAAUGUUGCCGAUUAUCCGGAAUGCGCCACUUGGAUCGUGUUCCCGGUGGUUAUACCCGUGCGAGCCAGCGAAAUACAAGAAUUUCGAAGACUGAGAGACAAAGAUGGGAAAUGUAUAAAGUCAAAUUGUCGAGAGAUACAGUUACUAAAGUGUAGACAAAUAUAUUUAGCUGUGCCAAAGAAGAUCGAAAUUUACGAACAGAAUGCCAAGUAUAUUCAGGAAUUCGUUGCGACCGAGGGCACGUUAGAGACACCGAUCGAUUUGGACAUUAGUUACAUGAAAGUGAUCGAUCUGGAACCUUUCGAAUGGCCUGGUAUCGAUGUAACACCGAGAAAAUUGAAAAUUACCAAUACAGGUUUUACAGUAAUUCUGAGCGCAAAAUGGCAACAAGGAACUCCUUACCUUUGCAAGGGGCCGUUAGAAGGGAAUUACGUGUUCGCGCAAGUUCACUUUCAUUGGGGAGAGAACGAGAUGAGAGGGAGCGAGCACUUCGUUGACGGUGCAAGCAUGCCUAUGGAACUUCAUGUCGUGCAUUACAAAGAGGAAUACGAAUCGUUAGACUUAGCACUUCGACGACCUAAUGGCGUUACUAUCAUAGUAUAUUUUUGUAAAUUACAGAACGAGCCGAAUGAAUUUAUGGAAGGAAUCGUGAAAAACUUGACCGUCAUUCGAACGGCACACUCGUCGGUUCGUAUAAUCCCUGCAAAUUUAACCGGUAUCCUAAAACCAUUCUCGACCGACUAUUUCUUAUAUUGGGGCUCGAUAACCACGCCUAUAAAUAUACACAAUAUUCUUUGGAUAAUUUGCAGAGAGCCGAUCGGAUUAACAACUAGACAAAUUGCAGAGUUUCGCACUUUGAACGAUGAGAAAGGCGUGCCUAUUCUGUCGAACAUUCGCCCUGUAAAACCGAGGCAAGAGAAGAGCGUUUUUCACGUGUCUCCGUCAGGAUCUCUCUACGCAUCUCUUUUACCUCUUCCACGAGUUGUGCCGUUAACUUUUGCCACUCUUAACGCCAAAGUUACCGAAUCUGUAUCCGAGACCGUGACCGAGACCGUGACCGAGACCGUGACCGAGACUAGCAUCGUCAGUGUGGAUAAAAAUAAUUUUCUCUAA